CAACAACAGUACCGACAGCGACGACGACCACGGCGAUAGCGAUACCCCCACACCCGCGCACACCAUGGCCGCCGUCCUCGCCGAAGACGUCGUCUUCUUCGACACGGCGUCACUCAACGAAGACACGAUCGAGCGGCUGACCAUCUCGGCAAAGCAACUCGGCGCGCGGGUCACGGACGACGCGUCGGACGCGACAAUAACCCUCGCGAACCCGCGCUCGCCAAACUAUAACCCCGACGCCGAGCACACAGGCUACCACUGGCUCGCGGCCUGCCGCUACGCUGGCGCGCGCGCCGACCCGGCCGCGCUAGACCCGCUGCUCUUCGUCAACCCGGAGCGCGCGACCGCCAACGCGCCGCUGCUGGCAUAUGUGAGCCUGAACCUCCAGCGCACGGCGCGCGAGGACGCGCCGAGCGCCCGCGCGGCCGUGGAGGAGCAGCUCGCGCGGCACGGCGCGCUCCUCGUGCCGCACUUCUCGACGGCGGAGCUCGUCAUCGUCGACCGCAAGACCGACUUCUUCAAAAAGGUCGACGCGGCAAAGAAGAAGCACGGGCGCGAUUGGCAGCGCUUGGGCGAGCGCUUCUGGGUCGAGAGCUGCGUGGCUGCGCGCGAAGUCAUGUGGGCCACCGCGCACGAGGUCGAGGAGGACGAGGUGGCUGCAAAGGAGGAGGCCGAGCGGCAAGAGGAGGAGAAGAGGCGGCAGCGUGAGGACAGUUUUGUCGAGGACGACGCAGCGCAGUAUAAGCGUGGUCCUGGGCGUCCAGUUGGCAAACCCCGAAACGACUACACGCCGCAAGAGGACGACUUUCUCUGCCGCUGGCUUGCUGCCUUCCGGCCAGACGGCGGAUGGAUGUCGCGUAAAACGUACGACGCGAUGGCGGCGUCGGCCGACACGUUCCCGCUCGCGGCGCGCCACCCGCCCCAGUCGUGGCGGGAGCGGUUCAAGAAGAACGAGCAGCCGUUCCGGAAGCGCGUGGAGCGGUUCAAGCGCGCGCGCAUCGACGAGCGGCUCGAGGACGACGAGGAUCGGCGCGUGCGGCGCGAGCGGCCAGAGUCGACCAAGGCUGCGCUCGUUGUCGACGCCGAUGGGCUCGAGGUGUGGAAGACGAAGAAAGCGCCGGCGAUUGGGCGCUCGGCGAGGGUCGUGGCUGCUGUCCCGGGAAAGGUGGUCGUCGUGCCCAACAAGCCGAGGCCAGAGGGGAGCAGGUCGGCGGUGCGCGAGAAGAGCGCGGAGGGUGCGGGCACCGCCCGCGAGAAGAGCACGGAGCGCACUUCCGAGUCGAGCGCGGCGAAGAAGCCUGCACCACCGGCCUCGGCCACCGACGCGGACGCGGACGCCGCCCCCGCUACCAAAAAGGACAAGGGCAAGGGCGUGGACCGGUCACCAGCCGAACCCGCCCCUGCUGCCCCAACGCGCAGCGAGGAGGCCGCCGACAGGCUGCGGCGCAUCAACUGGGCGGUGACUCCUGCGCACGACAAGGAGACAGAGGACGAUGGCACGGCGUUCUUCGCCUUACUUGCCAGCACCAAGGAGGACAAGGCGGGCAAGAGUGCAGCGGUUGCGAAGCCUUCACCGGCCAAGUCUAACGGCGCCGCGGCGGCGACACCGGGCAAGCCAGCUCCAGUCGAGGCGGAGCCGUCCAAGUUGGCGCAAGUCACAGCUGCGCGGCACGACUUUGACGAGACCAUGGCCAGUGCGAUCAUUGGCGGUGACGAGUCGCAACCUGCAGACGCGCCGUCCCCGGCUCCUGCGGCACCAGCCCCGACGCAGCCAGUAUCCACCCAGGCGGAACCCUCGUCGACAACCGCACCGCACGCUACCCAGCCCGUCCCUCCUGGCCAGCAGCGCCGCUCCUCCCCACGCUCGUCCUCACCGCCUCAUGGCACAUCACAAGACGACGAGAGCCAGGACUCGAUCCAGAAGGCCAUUGCGGCCGAGUACGCCAAGCGCAAGGCCGAGGUCGUGGCGCGCAAGUCGUUAACUGCGAGCGAGGCCAAGCCAGUGGUCGCCUCCCCUGCCGAGCCAAAGAGCGAAGCGCCGUCCACACCGCCGCGAACCAAGCGCUUGCGGGUGACCGAGCCCCUCUCACCGGCUCGCAGCACGCUUCAAACCUCGCCAAGCAUCCAUGUCAUCGUGUCUCCUGGACGCCGGCGCAGUGUGCCCACGGCUGAUGGCACGGGGCGCGUUAGAAUUCCAGUCACGCUCGACCUGGACAUUGACGUGCGCACGACGACGACGAUGGCCGACGCGAUGCCGAGCAGCUCCAAGCGGCUGUUAGAUGCAACGACGCAGGAGAGUACCCAGGAGAGUGACGCGCCCGUGAAGAAGCGCCGCCACCGCACGCAGACCGAGUCGCAGGUGGAGCGACAGCGCGCCGGCGCCAAGAUUGUCACCAACAUGCGCGACGUGUACAAGGAGAAGAUUGCGACAUAUGCCACCCAGUACGGCAAAACGGCGAGAGAGCUCUACACCAUUGUCAAUGCGCUCCCGCGCAAGGGCGGGGACCGCGGCGGUGCCAUGUUCUGGGUCGAUGUGGAGGCGGGGCUGAGAGACAUGUUUGGGCACUGAACGGCGGCGUGGAUGUGAAGAAGUUGUACAAGAGCGCAUAGUCCAUGUUCAAAGAUAG